CCAAAAAUCCCCACAAAAAUAUCACAGAGACAACUACUUUUCUUCUUUCCUUAAACCCCUCUGCCCACUUUCUCCUUCGCAGUCUCUCAUUUCCACCCACUGCCCUCGUUCGCUCAUUUCAACCCAAUAAUAAUAAUAAUAAAUAAAUAAAUAAAUAAAAAUAAAAAAGGGAAGGGAAAAUAAAAGAUUGAAUUGAAUUUCCAAGUGGGUUUUUGAGGCGGAGAGAUUUAGGAUAGGUAGGAUGAAGAUUCAGUGCAACGUAUGUGAGGUAGCUGAAGCAAGUGUACUGUGCUGUGCUGAUGAGGCGGCGCUUUGCUGGGCUUGUGAUGAAAAAGUUCAUGCUGCUAAUAAGCUUGCUAGUAAGCAUCAAAGGGUUCCUCUUUCUACCUCUUCUUCUCAGAUGCCCAAGUGUGAUAUCUGCCAGGAGACAGUUGGAUACUUCUUUUGUCUAGAGGAUCGAGCUUUGCUCUGCAGGAAAUGUGAUGUUGCCAUCCAUACAGCCAAUACCUAUGUUUCCACUCACCAGAGGUUCCUCCUUACUGGAGUAAAAGUAGGGCUUGAACCUGCUGAACCUGGGUCAUCAUCAUUGACAGGGAAUUCUCACUCUGGUGAGAAAAUAUCAGAAACUGAACUCCGCCCUUCGAGGAGGCCUGCUCCUGUUUCCUCCAGUAGUCAGUAUAAUAAGGUGUUACCCACCCAGGUCAAUGGGGUUGGGGAUUUUGUCCCAACAAAGACUCGUUUAACUGGAGGUUCUGCAGCUGGAAGUAUUCCACAGUGGCAGUUUGAUGAGUAUCUUGGGUUAAAUGACUUCAAUCAGAGUUACAAUUAUAUUGAUAAUGGUUCAUCUAAGGCCGAUAGUGGGAAGCUUGGAGGCUCAGAUUGCUCCUCAAUUUUAAGGGCUGCUGAUGAAGAAUUAGAUGGUGAUGAUUGUUUAGGUCAGGUACCAGAAGCUUCCUGGGCAGUGCCAGAAAUUCCAUCCCCACCUACUGCCUCUGGACUCUAUUGGCAGAAGGCUUAUCAGAAUCCACCUGACACUGCGGUCUUUGUGCCUGAUAUAUCUGGCUCUCCUAUGCAGAACUUGUACAAUCAUCAGUCACAUGGUUCAACCUUCAAAAGGCGAAAGCAUUUCUGAUGUAGGCGUCCUCUGAAUUUUCCUUGCUUUAGGUCAUAAAGGAUCAAAAUUCUCUCAUAAGUUGGUGUGGUGUUGUGUUUGAAAGUAGCUUCGUUUCCUUAGAUUUAGAGCAGUUAUAGUAAUUUGUAUUUGCUUUUGGUGUCAUUCCUACCUUAUUGUAAAUAUAUUGUGUUAUUGUUCCAUUUGGGUGAUGUAGGAUUGUCAAAUUAAUACAUGAAAAUGCUGUAUCUUUAAUGUCUCCGAGUGAAAUGAGAUCUGCGUUGGAUAUUGACAA